AUGCGGUUUUCAAGCACUUUGAAAGCAAACCAAGUGGAUGAAUGGAAAGAAAGCUAUGUAUCAUACGACAUCCUCAAGCCAAUGAUAACUAGGAAUAAGAACGGAUUCAAGGCCGCAAUUGAAAGGGAUUUGGCAUCAAUCAAUGACUUCUUUUUUAUGCUUGAAAAGCAGGCUGUUGCUGAGAAGGACUGUAUAUUUGCUGAUACAAGCAUAAACCUUGCUAAUAGCAUAUCAAAACAUAACCACACGCAUAAUGUAAGCAUAGAUUCAAAAUAUACAUUUAUAAGUGACACACUUAAAGUAAACAAUGCAGAUUUGGAUGGCAAAUCGGUCAUCAAUCAAAGCACAGAUGAGAACCCAAUGACAGAUGAAGACGACUUCGAAUACAAGCAUGCACCACAGAAUGACAUCAAGAAAGGAUUUGGUGCGAUAUUCAAAAUCCCAAAGCAACUUGAAAGAAGAAAACGGGAAAAGAACAUACAGGAAUUUCUGCAUGCAGUUAUUGGUAUCAAGAGAUUCAGAGAGCUCAACUAUGCUGGAUUAAUGAAGCUUUCAAAGAAAUAUAAUAAAACCUAUCCUUCGGAGGGAUUUCACAAGGCAUUUUCAAAAAAGAUCGAUGGAUCAUACUUCAGUAAGUCAAAGCGCAUUGAUGAAGUUUAUUCGUCCAUAAAGGAGCUUUAUAGGACUGUGUUUGCAAGGAACGAUCCUGGGAAGGCAAAAACGAUGCUCAGAAAACUCAAGAGGAAAAGUACAAGCAAUCCGGUUGCUUUGUAUACCUCGGGAAUGCUUGGAGGAGUGUCGAUUGGGCUUCUAAUGCUACUUGACUUUGGAGAGAAUAAGUCAAGCAAAGAAAUGUUUUUUUCAACAGUUCUUCUGCAAUACGGAGCACUUCUUUUUGGUGUGUGCCUUUCAGUAUUCAAAAGGUUUCACAUCAACUACAAAUUCAUUUUCAAUUUUGAUGUGUGCUCGUCUCUAACAUCUGAUGCAUAUCUAUUAAUGAUAUCGGCCCUUAUAUUGAUUAAUAUUGCCUGCACCUGGGCCAACAAUGUGUUUUUUCACAUAAGCCCUUACUGGAUUCUAAUUGCAGGUUUUUUAGUGAUGUUUGUUCCAUUCCAGAUUCUUUACCAUCGAUCAAGGUUUUACUUGGCUUCUGUUAUUUUCCGAAUAGUGUUGCUGCCGAUGUCUCAUGUGCGAUUCAGGCACUUCUACUUUGCAGAUGUUGGUCAGAGCUUUACUACAUGCUUCAAGAAGAUAUUCUUGCAGGGAUGCGACCUCGAUUGGAGGCUGGAUGGAGUGAUCAACUCUUUCUUUGCAAUUGUAAGACUUUUACAGUGCCUCAAACGCUAUAAGGACACAAGACUGAAGUUUCCACACAUAGCCAAUGCGCUAAAAUACGGAUUGGCUAUAACAGUGGGGAUAACUGCAGCAUUAUACGAAAAGAACAAGACACAUGAUGCUCUUGUUUAUAAAGCAAUGAGCAUGGCAAUUUCAUCCAUAUGCUCAGGUGCUUGGGAUAUUUUCAUGGAUUGGGGCAUAAUCAGAAUUAAAACAAUAUAUCCAAGGCAUGCAUAUGUUGCUGGAAUUAUUUUUAACUUGCUAUGCCGGUUUUCAUGGCUUAUUUUGUAUGUAUUCGAUAUUCCUGUGCUGUGGAUGCAAUUUCUUGAAAUAACCAGAAGAUUUAUAUGGACACUCUUCAGGGUUGAGUUUGAACACCUACACAAUUGCAGUGAAUUCAAAGCAAAGGGUUCAAUAUGGUUUACAUCGAAUGAGCUGUUCUACAGAAAAGACUACGAGGUUAAUACAGAAACAACAGAGACAGAAAACGAAUCAAGCACAUACUAG